AUGGGUCGCGAUUCUCGUACGAUUUGCUCGAUUUUCGUUCUCGUUUUCUUUCUUCUUUCUUUCUACUGCACCCACAUGAUGUUUAUCGAAAAAUCCUCGGGCAAUGAAGAAAACCCGGAUCGAAAAAAGGCAUUGAUCUUUGAAAAGUUGAGAUCUUUACUAGCUCCCGACACUUUCAAGAAUGGCGAAAAUUCAAGAAUAAAUGGCAAACCCAUUUGUUUUUCUCCUUCUCCUUCACCUUCACCUUCACAUUCACCUUCACCUUCACAUUCACAUUCGGCAUUGCCUUCUCGAGCCGCACGAGCUCCUCGUCCACCGUGGCACCUUCACACUCCGCCAGCUGUAAACGACGAAAAACGAGCAAAGGCCGACAAAAGAUCGGUUCUUACAGCAGCCAUUGUCUCGGGUGUUGUUUUAUCAGCUUGUUUGUUAUGUUUGUUCGGUUUUUUCUUGAGAUUCAGGAUAAAACAGAGGAGGAAACAGAGAAGAAAACAGAGGAAUAAAAAUGUGUUGAAGCUUGUAAAUAGCUCGGCGAAUAAUAAGGUAAGCAGCAGCUCCGGACAUUUUUACCUCGACUCGCUAGAAUCCGCUUUACAGGAAGACGGUGAUUUAUGUCGGUUUAAACCGAGCCCUAUGAUCGAAAAAUCGAGCUCGAACACGAAUAUCGUGAAUUUAGAGAGUGGCAUUUUGGAGCAAGAUGAAGCUCAUUCAUCCGAUGAAGAGUCUUUCCAUUCUUUUGCCGAUUCGCAAUCGUUCGAGCCAAGAAUAUCCAAUGCCUCGGAAUCUUCUGUUAAUAAUCCACUCGAAACCUUAAAAUCGGAUCGAGUUGAAGAACCAUAUUUUUUGCAAACGAAAACUUUGCCGAUUUUGCCGCCACCUGUUCCUCUUCCUCCUCCACCACCACCACCGCCGCCGCCAUGUCAGCCUCCGGUUUCGCCAGCUGGACUGCCGCCGCCACCUCCUCCGCCUCUUCUCGGACAGAAAGUGGCGCUCGGGAAAAACGGGUCUCCAUUGCCGAAGCUAAAACCGCUCCAUUGGGACAAAGUCAGAGCCGGGCCCGAACGGUCAACCGUGUGGGACCAAAUGCGAUCGAGCUCGUUCGAAUUUGACGAGGAAAUGAUCGAGUCGCUUUUCGGUUAUGACCUUCGAAACUCGAUCAAGAAUGAUGAAGUUAAAAGCAAAACCCCGUCUCCAAGCAAGCACGUUCUAGAGCCCAAAAGGCUUCAAAACAUCACCAUACUCUCCAAAGCCUUGAAUGUCACAGCCGAACAAGUUUGCGGUGCACUCAUCCGAGGCGAUGGCUUGUCGCUGCAAGAUUUAGAAGCGCUAUCGAAAAUGGUUCCAACCAAGGAAGAAGAGGCUAAGCUUGCGGACCACAAAGGAAAAACAAGCGAAUUGGGAUCCGCGGAGAAGUUAGUUAAAGCAAUGUUAGAAGUACCAUUUGCCUUCUCGAGAAUCGAGGCCAUGCUCUACAAGGAAACCUUUCAAGACGAGGUCCUCCAUCUCCGAAAAUCGUUCUCCAUGCUCGAGGACGCGUGCAAGGAGCUAAGGUCGAGCCGGCUCUUCUUGAAGCUUCUAGAAGCCGUGCUCAAAACCGGGAACAGAAUGAACGUCGGCACUAUAAGAGGAGGCGCAAAGGCAUUCAAGCUCGAUGCCCUUCUCAAGCUAGCCGACAUCAAGGGCAAAGAUGGAAAAACGACCCUUCUCCAUUUUGUGGUCCGGGAGAUCGUUCGGUCCGAAGGGUUAAGAGCUUCCGAAAGCAUAAUGGGCAGGAUCCACUUCACGGGCCCAUGCGUGUCGGACAAUAAGGAAGAAUGUUUCGUAGAAUUGAUGGGUCUUGAUCUUAUAUCGGGCCUAAGCGCCGAGCUAAGCAACGCCAAGAAAACGGCCACGAUCGACUUGGAUGUUUUGGCUAGCUCGGUGGAGAAUCUAACAGACGGCAUGAAACGGGUUCGUGACCUCGUUCAAAAUUUGGAGGGUGGAGGUGAGAAAACAGGCGGAGGAGGGUUCGUGGGGUCCAUGUGUCUAUUCUUGAUUCGUGCGGAGGAUGAGUUGAGGGGAGUGAGGGAUGACGAGGCUCGGGUUUUCUCGCGCGUUCGGGAGAUUACGGAGUAUUUUCACGGGGACGUGAGUAGAGACGAGACGAACCCGUUGCGGAUUUUCGUGAUUGUGAGGGAUUUCUUGAGCUUGCUCGACAAUGUGUGCAAGGAGGUUAGGAGCUCGAGGGCUCCUCGAAGUCCUAAUCCCCUCGCGCCCUUCUUAUAG